AUGCCUUCACCAAGAGAAACACCUUGGCAAAGACGAAUAAGACGAUUAUUCUUUUUCGUGGGAACAGCUUCUACAGUGUGGUUCGUCUCUUCUUAUAUAAUUGAACGAUUGAAAGAGGCAAGAAUCAAAGCUAUCAAAGAGAGGAAACAGAGAGACUUAAUGAAAAAUCAUUUCACAUCUUUGAUCUCAACUAUCUCAUUCACACUUUACGCUUUGAUACCUACGCUACAGCCUCAAGUAUUCUCCUCAUAUCCUGUUGAAGAGAUAAGUCAAGCAUUACAAGACUUAUCAAAUUCAAUUCCAAAUUCAAAUUCAACUUCAACUUCAGGAUCGAAUCUAGCCGAUUCGACGAAUAGUCUAUCAGUGGAACCAAACACUAAUACAAAUACUCGCGAAGGAGGUGAUGGCGAAAACUCACUGUUGUUAUCUGAUCCUAUAUCUUCCCAUUCAGAUCCUUCGGGAACUCAUCAUCAAGAAAGUGGACGACAGGAUGAACAUCAAAUAAGCAAUCAUCCAAGUCCAGAUAUGACUUCCUCUUCUUCUUCAACACAUUCACAACAAGGAGCGGUGGGAGGUGUAGGAACGGAAUCCUGGUCUUCCGAAUUCCAAAGGAGAGAAAGUGAAAUCAAUUCAAUAAAUUCAACUUCAGAAGAUGAUAGUGAAAAUGACGGAAUGUUGGGUUCGUCAAUUGGUCAAAUAGAUACUGAAGAUGCUAUGUCAUCGGUCGUAUCACAAUCAAUCAGUCUACCUCCAACGGAUACUUCAUCACCUUCACCUCCAUCCGAAUCAUCAAGAUCAGAAACACAUCCUUCUCCAACUAGAUCAAGUAUGUUCCAAGGAAAAAGUAAGAAGGAGUUGUGGAGAGAACUAAAAGUGCAAAGCAUAACAAGAACGAUCACCACUAUCUAUCUCUUACCAAUGUUAUACCUGCUAACCUCAUCUCAAUUAUCUAUAUUGGCAAGAACAAGGUAUAUGAAAGACAUACAAUCAUCACUGCCUUCAUUAUCACUGCCCCCUCCAGAACAAGAUUAUGAAGAAGAAGAAGGAACUCGUACACCGCGUCAAGUUGAUCCUCCAAAAAAGAAAGGAUGGUUAUCUUCCUUUUCAAUCGAAUCGAUGGGUUUGACAGAAUUCAAAGAAUCAACAUCAUCCAUCAUCCCAAAUCCAUUAAACCUAUUCCCGAAAACAAUCACUUCUUACCUUCCAAAUUUCAUUAACCCGAAUAUGCCCGUGCAACCUGCGACUAUAAUACAAUCUGAAGAGAUAUUAGCGAUGCGACAAGCUGAAGAAGAAGAAAAUAGAGCCCAAGCUGAAAGGAUAUUCUUAUCUUAUAGUUGGCACUUCCUCAACCAAGGUUGGAAAUCCGUUGGUGACAGAGUAGAAGAUAGUGUCGAGAAGAUAUUUGGCAACAUGCCGUUAAAAAAGGAACUGACUGUCGAAGAUUGGGAAAUGAGAUUUAAGGAGGUUAGAGCAGAAGUCGAGAUGGAAUUAUCUUUACAAUCGACCAUCGAACUAUACGACUUUACUCCCCUUCUAUUGCCGAAUUCGACUUUCCGUUCCUCGUCGGACCGGUCAGAUAUACCAUUUCCAGCUCAUCCAUCGGAUCAUUCGUUGUAUCUUGAAGAGCUGUUCAACCAAUCCAAGGAACAUCUCUCUUCACCUGACGGGAGAUAUUUAUUGGAAAAAGGAAUUUCAACGAUGUUAGGUAAUCUUCUUCAAUCAAUCAAGAACGACUUGUAUUCCAGUACUGCUUCAGACGAUGCAACGAAAAGGUUAGUGGAUUGUUUACCAGAGAUAAACAAAUGGGGCAAGAACGUUUGGGAAGGUAUUCCUGAUUCUGGAGUCGAGGCUAUGUUGGCCAUCCCUGAGUUUGAAGGGCUCUCAGCUUUGGUAUUCGGUGAUUGGGCACCUAGGUGA